UCGCACCAGCUCAAAGCAAAACAGAAGAAGCGCCCACACAAAGAACUCCAAACCACGCUCGAUCGUCGCUACUCUCUGCUGAUAACACCCAGGCUAGCAGCCAUGAUGAUGGCUUCACGAGCCGCCGCCGCUCUCCGCACGGCCGCCCUGCAGCAGGGCUACUACGUCCGGAGGUCGGCCUCCACCGCGGCCGCGCACGCCGAGAGGCCCAAGGCCAAGCCCGUGGGCGACUACGUGCCGGUGUACGUAGCGCUGGGGAUGAUCGGCCUGGCGGUGACGCUGGGGGCGCACACGGCGCGGCAGCAGCUGGCGCACGCGCCCAACGUCUGGGUCGACAAGCGCAAGCGCGAGGCGGUGCCCGAGGUGGCCGACCCGGACCUCGCCCUCGACGAGGCCGAGCGCUUCGUCGGCGGCUCCAUGUUCCGGAAGGUCGCCCACGUCCAGGACGACCGCUCCCUCACCGCCGGCGUCGCCGACCCCGUCGCCGACUACCCGGCGAGGAAGGCGGUGACGCUCAAGGACGUCGGCGUGGACCCGCCGGGGAUCCCCGAGCAGAGCAGGGAGGGCGUCCUGGACAGGAUCUUCAAGAAGAACACCGCUUAAUUUGGAGACAGGGGAGCAGGCAGCACGCUUCGAUUUCGGUCCCUUUCUCGCGUUAACUAGCUAGAUUUGCGUUUCAGUAGUGUCGGAUCGGCUGCACUUUUUCUGGAAGCCGGUCGAUGUAUCGCGAACGUGACACGUGAUUGUGCUGUACAUAUGUAUCCAGUAAUCUCGAGAUACCUAGUUUGUUCCUCGACAAUAAAACUAUGCACCUACUCUCUUUUUUC